GUGUGUGUGUGUGUUCAGGAGUUUACUCUAGGCCCACCUGGCACCCCUUCUCUGCCCCCGAACACACACACAUGCUCGCGCGCAGUGGGAGCGUAUGUGUGUUAACUGUGUUUUAGUGACCGGGUGUGACUCGUUGUGUGAAUGUGAGUGAGUUGUGAGAGUUGUGAUAGUUUGUGAGUGUGAGUGAGGGGAUAAUGAAGGCUGUGGACUGGCUCACCCUGGUCUGCUGUGUGUUCGCCCUGGUGGGAACUGGAGGAGCCUCAGAAGCAGAGAAUCAGCUGAUGAAGAAACUUUUCUCCUCUUACAAUGUCAAAGUGCGGCCAGCAGAAACGCCGCACAGCAAGGUGGUGGUGAGGGUUGGCAUGACCCUGGCAUCCUUUGUCAGCCUGAACAUGAAAGAUGAAGAAAUGAACACCGUCGUAAUCAUGAACCUGGAGUGGAAGGAUCACCGGUUGGCCUGGGAUCCGAAACAGCAUGACGGGAUUGACGUAAUGCGAAUUCCCGCUGGAAAAGUGUGGCUGCCAGAUAUCGUUUUAAUCAACAACAACGAUGGCGUGUUCCACGUGGCUCUACAUGUUCAUGUGCAGGCGUACAGUAAUGGCAGAGUAACGUGGACUCCUCCAGCUCUUUACCGCAGCUCCUGUGGAGUUAAGGUGACGUACUUUCCGUUCGACUGGCAGAACUGCACCAUGGUGUUCCGCUCGUACACGUACGACUCCUCAGAAGUGGAUCUGCAGUACGCUCUGGACGAGAGAGGCAAUGAGAUCCGGGAGAUCAUCUAUGACACAGGCUUCAGUGAGAGCGGUGAGUGGCAUAUCCGCCACAAGCCUUCCAGAAAGAACGUAAAGAGAGAAGACCUGUAUGAAGACAUCACCUUCUACAUCAUCAUCGAGCGGAAGCCCAUGUACUACGUGGUCAACAUCAUCCUUCCCUGCAUCCUCAUCACUAUCAUUGCCAUCUUCAACUUUUAUCUUCCACCAGAUGCUGGAGAGAAGAUGGGUCUGUCCAUCAACGUCCUCCUGACCCUUACUGUGUUUUUGCUGCUGCUGGCUGACAAAGUUCCAGAGACGUCUCUGGGUGUGCCCAUCAUCGUCAACUACCUGAUGUUCACCAUGAUCCUGGUGACCUGCUCAGUCAUCCUCAGCGUAGUGGUUUUAAACCUGCACCACCGCUCACCCAACACACACCAAAUGCCUGUGUGGGUGCGAAAGAUUUUCAUCCACAUGCUGCCUCCAUAUUUGGGUCUCCUGAGACCGAAGGUAGAGACGCCGCUGUCUCUGGAGAGACCGCCCAAGAAAGAGAAUCCGAAAGCCAUCAGCCGAGCAGCAGAUGAAUACUUCAUCCGGAAGCCCAACACCUGUGUGCUCUUCCCCAAACCCAACAGGUACCAGCCAGACGGCCUGUGCACUGACCUGCGUAAGUUUAUUGAUGGCCCCAGUCACUUCCUGACUCUGCCUCCGGAACUGAAGUCUGCUGUGAAGGCGAUCUGCUACAUAGCGGAGCAGCUACAGGCUGAGAAAGACUAUGAAGCUCUAAAAGAAGACUGGCAGUACGUUGCCAUGGUGGUCGAUCGCCUCUUCCUCUGGAUCUUCGUCAUAUUCACCACUGUCGGUACACUGGCUAUUUUUGCUAAAGCCAGUUUCAACGCCACACCAAGUGACCCAUUCAUGAGCUCUUGAUCUUAGAGGUCAUAGCUCUGAUCUCUGACUUUUGAACACCGGAGCAUGGCUGGGCAGUGCAGUUGUGGUACGCAUUGCUGGUCUUUGAAGUGAAUGUUAAUGUUCUUUUUCAUGUUCUUGUGUUGUUUACUGUAGAUAGAGAGUGUUGGAGUGUGAUGAUUCUGCGCUAUGAACAUUUAUUUCGGGGGGAAUGUCACUUUGAUGUUUUAAAUAAAGCUCCUGUUUAUGAAAGGUAACACAGAAGCUGCGUUUCAAAGUUUAGGCUACAGUUGAAAUGCAGUGAGCUGCAUUUCUCAGACACUGUGUCAUAGAAGGCUGUUCCAAACUGAAGGGCCCUUUAUGCUAUAUACAGCUGAAAAAUGUAGUCGAAGUUCGGAGUGAGCACAAUUUGAUGAACACAAUUUAUGUUUCCUUUGUGGUCUUUUGUAACUUGCAACUCACAACGCCAUAGGGGAAAAAGGAACAACAGCACCAUAAAAAUAUAUUCAAAUGAUUAAAAAUAAAGUUUCAAGAGCAGAGAUAUUAUUAAAAUGUAAAGAAAUGAAAAAGCACACAAUCUAUGUAGUAUCUAACUUUCUAUCAGAUUCCUUAAUCAGAUUUCUGACUUAUUUUCUUUAUUUACUCUAAGAAAUCAGAGUAUGUGUUUGAUUAGAUUAUUACCGUAUUUUUUUGCACUAUAAGGUGCACUUAAAAUCCUUUAAUUUUCCCAAAAAUCGUCAGUGCACCUUAUAAUCAGGUGUGAAUUUUACUAAUCAGGUUGUAGAGAGCAGUAAAGCCGCUCCGCUAAAUUACAGCGUAAUAUAGGACUUUCAGUUUAGUUCUCCAGAGACUCAAGACUGGAGUAUUAGCAUUAGCAUUACCUGCUAACCAUGCUAAGAGCAAAGUUCAUUUUAAAAGGUGUUAAAAUCAUUUAAAAUCACAGGUUUUGUGGCUUUUGCGUUUUGGAACAUUCACACAUGACCAUCCUCAUUUGGCUGACAGCAGACUACUGAUGAGUCUUCAUAGGACUACAGCCUAGGUUUUUCUAGUGUAUCUAACCACUAGGUCAUUUUUGCAGGUUAUUGAUAUUCUGUAUUAAGUUGAAUCCAGCAACUUCACCAGAGUGCAUACAUGUGAGAGACACCUGUUGGCUUUGCUUACUGUUUGUUUUCUAGCUAAGAUCAGAGAGGGGGAGAAUCAAAGGCGGUGGGACAGCCCAUCUGUUGUCAGUAUGUGAUCCCUGUGACUGUUUCAGCAAUGCGACCUCCUGCUCUCUGAUCUAGUACAGCCGGCUUUCUGCACCACCAUGCUACUGUACUGGCCUCCGCUCAGUACAGCUGGAAGUCACUGUCAACCAAGGGCAUAACAGACCCUUCAGCUCAACAGUGCUAGCAUGACUUACAGUGAGAAUUACCAGUAGAAUAAGCUACAGUAUCAUUCUGUCAUUACUUUACUUUAUUGGUCUUUGGUUGAUUGCAAAUGCCAAGCUUUAAAAAAAAAAUAGUAAAUUAAAAUGUAUAGGUAUGUAUACACCCCUUAUCCUUAGUCCUCUUCAUUCUUUUUGGGACACAAAGCCAUGUAUGGUGUAUAUAAACCAAUCAGCCAGAACAUUAACACCAUCUGGCUAAUAUUUUGUAUGGAAUCCACAUAACCUCUGAAGUUGCCUUGUUGUAUCUGGCAUGUUUGCAGCAAAUCAUUCUUUCAAGUCUUUGUAAAUGAGUCCUGCGAAAAAUUGCACUAAUUAACCCUUGGUGCCCAUGACCCUGACACUGGUUCACCUCUCCUCCAUUUGUCUUCAACCACUUUAGUAAGGUCCUGACCACUGCACAGUAAGGUCCUGACCACUGGUGUGUGGAUGCUUUGUUUAGAUCCUUAGUGAUUUAACUCUUCUAAUUACGCUCUAUAGAGGGUAUGUGUUGACGUCACAUUCCUGCCUGGACAGUGGACACGCCCCCUUUAGCUUGACUCAGUGGCAAAACAUUCUGUAACAAACUGGCAAUGGAACAAAUGAUUGAGUUCAAAUUAAAGUUAGGUGAGCUCAAAAGUGGUUCAUCUAAAGAAUCAAGAAACCAAUAGUCAGUGAACAUCAAUAUGUGGCCAGAGAUCAGGCCUUCCUGUCAGUUUUAGGUACCUGAUUUCAGGUUGAAAUGUCAUAUACACACCCGCUAUACCAAACAAAAAUCAUACAGAGGAAUGCCCAGCCUACUUCUAAACGAAUAACAGAAAAAAAGAGAAUAGAUUCAGUUUCAGAGUGACAGUCAAUUUCCCAUCAUGGUGAACUUAAAUUGGCAGUUCAUGCUUGAAAGCCCUUCAGAGUGGCUGAUUUAAGGCAAUUCUGCAGAGGUGAGUGGGCCAGACGUCUUCUGGCUAAAGGAAACAUUUAUUUCAUUGAACCCUUUUUAAAUGUGACAUAACCAGUUAUUAAGUUUAGGAGGGCAACUUUCUUUUCUCAAAUCUUUUUCAAUAAAAUAAAGUGGCCAUUUAAAAAUU